AAAGGUCCUCGUCACUCCUCCUCUGAUCCGCCUCCGGCCUGAGUCCAAUCCUGUGAUUAAAUUGCAGCAGCAGCAACAAGGAGGAGGUGGAGCUGAGGGGGGAGAGGAGAGGAGAGGGGAGAAUUGGCAAGGGCGAGACAAAGAGCGCCAUUGCUGCCGGGCAGAAGCGUGCUAGGAAGAAGGAGCAGGAGCCCCCCCCCCCAAAUCCCGAGUUGCCCUCCCCCCCCGGGAGUCCGGUGCAAGAGGACAGCACUGCGCGAAGCAUUGCACGUGCGCUUGCAAAGACGCAGAUCGCGCGAGCCCAGCCGGGAAGAUCCGUGGCUGGUUGGUGAAUGCUUUGGAUGGAAAGGAAGCAGGUGACAGUUGGGAGAGGAAGAAUCCAUUGGAGGAUUGUCCAAGUGCCAGGUGGCGAAAAAAAGAUAAAACACAAGUCUGAAAACUGGAGCAAUAUGGAAGAAUAGGAAUGGAUCUUCUGAUUCGCAGCAUGGAAUCCAAACUAACAAUGCAGCAGUAAGGAGAAAAAUGGCUGUUCCGUUUGCAUAGGAAAAACUUAGGUUCUGAAACAAGCUUUCAAUCACAGUGGAAAAUGCACGCAAAGAAGAAACCAUAUAAAUGCUUGGAGUGUGGAAAGAGCUUCAACAUAAAGGGAAAUCUUACUGUACACAAUAGAACCCACACAGGGGAGAAACCAUAUAAAUGCUUGGAGUGUGGAAAGAGCUUCCGUCAGACAGUACAUCUUACCGUCCAUCUCAGCACACACACUGGGGAAAAACCACAUCAGUGCUUAGAGUGUGGCAGGAGCUUCGGCACGAGUAUAGCUCUAACUAGUCAUCAUAGAACCCAUACUGGUGAGAAACCAUAUAAAUGCUUGGAGUGUGGAAAGAGCUUCAGCAGGAGUGAUUCUCUUACAAUACACCACAGAACCCACACAGGGGAGAAACCAUGUAAAUGCUUGGAGUGUGGAAAAAGCUUCAGUCAGAGUGGAUAUCUUACUACACAUCUCAGAAUGCACACUGGGGGAAAGCCACAUCAAUGCUUUGAGUGUGGCAAGAGCUUCAGCACACGUGGAGGUCUAACUAGUCAUCACAAAACUCAUACUGGGGAGAAACCAUAUAAAUGCUUGGAGUGUGGAAAGAGCUUCAGUCAGAGUGGCGAUCUUACUAAACACCAUAGAAAACACACUGGGGAGAAACCAUAUAAAUGCUUGGAAUGUGGAAAGAGCUUCCGUCGGAACACAAAUCUUACACUCCAUCUCAGAAUGCACACUGGGGAAAAGCUACAUCAUUGUUUGGAGUGUGGAAGGAGCUUCAGCACAAGUGGAGCUCUAACUAGUCAUCAAAGUACCCAUACUGGGGAGAAGCCAUAUAAAUGCAUGAAGUGUGGAAAGAGCUUCCGCAGCAAGUAUUAUCUUACUUACCACUACAGAACCCACACAGGGGAGAAACCAUAUAAAUGCUUGAAGUGUGGAACGAGCUUCAGUCAGAACAGAAAUCUUACUGCCCAUCUCAGAAUGCACAAUGGGGAAAAUCCACAUCAGUGUUUGGAGUGUGGAAAGAGUUUCAGCAGGAGUGAUUCUCUUGCAUUACACCACAGAACCCACACAAGAGAGAAACCGUAUAAAUGCUUGAAGUGUGGAAAGAGCUUCAGUCAGAAUGGAUAUCUUACUAUACAUGGCAGAAUGCACACUGGGGAAAAGCCACAUCAAUGCUUGGAGUGUGGCAAGAGCUUCAGCACACGCGGAGCUCUAACUUGUCAUCAUAGAACCCAUACUGGGGAGAAACCAUAUAAAUGCUUGGAGUGUGGAAAGAGCUUCAGUCAGCGUGGGUAUCUUACUAUACAUCGCAGAAUGCACACAGGGGAAAAGCUACAUCAGUGCUUGGAGUGUGGAAAGAGCUUCAGUCAGCGUGCAUAUCUUACUAUCCAUCUCAGAACGCACAAUGGGGAAAAGCCACAUAAAUGUUUGGAGUGUGGAAAGAGCUUUAGCACAAAUGGAGAACUUACUUCACACUACAGAACCCACACUGGGAAGAAACCACAUAAAUGCUUGGAGUGUGGCAAGAGCUUCAAACACAAAACAUCUCUUACUUCACACCAUAGAAUCCACACAGGGGAGAAGCCAUAUAAAUGCAUGGAGUGUGGAAAGAGCUUCAGCACGAGCGGAACUCUAACUAAUCAUCAUAGAACCCACACAGGGGAGAAGCCAUAUAAAUGCUUGGAGUGUGGAAAGAGCUUCAGCCAGAGUGGACAUCUUUCUUUACACCACAGAACUCACACAGCACCACAGAACUCAGAGGAGAAAGCACAUAAAUGCUUGGUGUGUGGAAAGAGCUUCAGCUGUCGUAGAGAUCUUACUUCACACUAUAGAACUCACACAGGGGCGAAGCCAUAUAAAUGCAUGGAGUGUGGAAAGAGCUUCAGUCAGAUUGGACACCUUUCUUUACACCACAGAACUCACACUGGGGAGAAACCACAUAAAUGCAUGGAGUGUGGAAAGUGCUUCAGAGAGAGGGGAAAACUUACUAUUCAUCAUAGAACCCACACUGGGGAGAAACCAUAUAAAUGCUUGGAGUGUGGGAAGAGCUUCAGCACAGGUGGAAAUCUCACUAAACACUAUAGAGCCCACACUGGGGAGAAACCAUAUAAAUGCUUGGAGUGUGGGAAGAGCUUCAGCACAGGUGGAAAUCUCACUAAACACCACAGAACCCACACGGGGGAGAAAGCACAUAAAUUCUUGGGGAACAGAAGACACUCCACACGGCACAUCAGACACUCCACACGGCACAUCAGCAAACUAUUGUAGUGUCAAAAUCAUACCUAUGAAACUGCAGACAAGCCUGAGAUAACCAUCCUCUGUUUGUAAAAUAAAACCUUCUGAGAUUUCUUUUUUCUUAAA